CCGUCGUUGUGUAUGAGUCGUUGUGAAUGACAGGGUGCGCUUGAUAUUCACAUACACGGACUGUAGGCUACUAUAAGAUGCCACGAUCCUUCUUGGUGAAGAAACAUCUCCCAUAUAAAAUGCCGAACUAUGGUAUGCUAGAUUCAAAGGAGCACGGACUUCAUGUCAGUUUGCCCGAGUACCCAUGCUGCAUGUCAAGUCCUCAGCAGUCCAUCCUGUGCUUGGAAACGGAACCAUGUUUGACAGCCUCCACCCCGAACACCCUCACACAGAUGGACCUCUUCCACACACCGGGGUCCAAAACGCAGCACGCGCAACCCAGCCGCGUAGCCUCACAGAGCCCAGAGCACGAGCGUGCCACCUUCCCUGGUGCCUCCGCUGCUGCCCAUCCCCACAGAGACUCACACGAGCCUCUGGACCCGCUGAGGUCGCCUGUGGACCUCCAGUGCUUCCGCCCGAUGCCGGAGCUGUGCGUCCCGGGGGAGGUGGUCCCCGGCAGCCCUGCAACGCUCCUCGGGCUGGAGGGUCCCAUUGGCCAGGAACGUUUUGAGUGCUUUAACUGCCGCAAGGCCUACUUCACCUUCUCCGGCUUGGCCAAGCACCGGCAGCUUCACUGCGAAUGGCAGUGUCACAAGUUCUUCAGCUGCAAGUAUUGUGAUAAGGAGUAUGUGAGCCUGGGUGCCCUGAAGAUGCACAUACGCACGCACACUUUGCCUUGUGUCUGCAAGCUCUGUGGGAAGGCUUUUUCCAGGCCUUGGCUACUGCAGGGCCACAUCCGGACACACACAGGAGAGAAGCCCUUCUCUUGUCCACACUGCAGUCGAGCCUUCGCUGACCGCUCCAACUUGCGCGCACACCUGCAGACACACUCAGACAUUAAAAAGUACCAGUGCAGGAGCUGCUCCAAGACCUUCUCCAGGAUUUCCCUUUUGUCCAAACACGAAGAGGCGGGAUGCUGUCCAAUGUCCUGAUCUGCAGUCCAGCCCUGCUUCUUCCCCCUUCACAAUAAGCCAAAGACUUCUGAACGCCUCUACAGUACAUACAGGAUACACGGCAGCUCGCUUUCGGUGUUUAUGAUGGAGGAACAUUGUAAGGCACUCAAAGAGUUCAAGGCCAGUGGUGAUUGGACAGAAGCCAACUUUGGGAUUAUUUCCUAUAAAACUUGCGGGCAUUCUAACAUUCUGGGCUGUAGCCUAUACUGAGGGUGCAUGUGCUUUCUACUGUGGAAUGGUGGGACUAUGUAGGACUAUUUCUGUGUAAGCUGCGACGACAUCUGUGUAUGUAUGUGUUUAAUCACACAUACUGUAGUGUGGAAGCAGUAAUGCAUGCUUUUGAUAUACUUGAAACGUUUAUGUAAUUUCAUAUGUUGCGCUAGAUUUUGGAGAAAAAAAUGGCACUUGUUUUGUAUGAUUCAUAUUUUAGAAAAAGUAAUA